AUGACAACCUCUUACGAUUUCUCAGGACAGGUGAUUCUGAUAACUGGGGCCGCAAGUGGAAUCGGAUUCGCAACAGCGAAGGUGUUAUUAUCCAGCAAUGCCACGCUAGCGCUAUGCGAUAUUAACAUCAAGCCCCUGCAAACUCUCGGUAUCAAUGAAGAUAGAUGCCGCAUACACGAGCUUGACGUGAGAUCUUCUUUCCAGACAAAAAAAACGAUCGCUUCCGUCGUCCGAAACUUUGGUCGCAUCAACCAUCUUUUCAACUGUGCCGGAGUGAACCCCCAAGAGUACCAGUUGACCGACACGACCGAUGAAUAUUGGAGCAAAAUUAUGGACACAAAUGUCAGGGGCACCUACUUAAUGACUCGGGCCGUCAUACCUCAUUUGCACGCCGGAUCGUCAAUCGUGAACGUCUCAUCGAUUGCGGGCUCCCGGGCUAUGGCGCACUGGGCAAUAUACAAUACAUCCAAAUUUGGGAUUGUUGGGUUUUCUAAGUCCAUGUCUCUGGAGCUUGGUCCCAAGCAGAUUCGCGUCAAUAUGGUGGCUCCGGGGUUUAUUCUUACCUCAACGAUUAUUGCGGUGACGACGGGUGAUGAUGCUGUUAAGGAGAUUGGCGAGAGGAUGUGCGCAAUGAGAAGAUUCGGCACGGUGGAGGAGGUGGCUGACGUGGUUCUGUUCCUCAUGAGUAACGCUGCGAGAUACGUGAAUGGGAGUGUGGUUGAUGUUGAUGGCGGGGCGAAGUAG